AUGUCGCCUGUUCCUAGGCUUGUUAUUCCUGGUAUUACAUAUAGUACUCAGCAGACUCAACAACCGCAGGCGCUGCCUCCCCUGCGAUCUGCAUCAGCGUCUGCACCAUUAGCAGCUGUGGCCUCGAUGAGUUGGGGUGUCCCGAGGCUAGUUCUGAACUUCAGCUCGGCUGCGGACGUUCAGACAGCAUCUCAGCAGCAACUAUCUGCCCACAGACCCAAAGAGGUUAAUGUUCAGACCGAAUUUUCAAAUGAACCAAAAGAAGCAGCUAUCCAGAGGAACUUAGACGUCGCAACCCCGAAGGAGGUGUCGCAACUGGUGGAAUAUCAUAUCCACGAAGGUGUGCCCUUGCUCACUAGAAUGGUCGUCACAGGCGCGGUGCUCACGUUCUGCGGUUUGCUCCGCUUUGACGAUCUAAGCCAUGUGCUGGUGCAUACCGACCUGCUCCACGUUUACAGAGAUCGCGUGGAGAUUUUUUUAUUCAAAAGCAAGACCGACCAGCACUGCAAGGGUGCCUUUGUGACCAUCGGCAGAAUCGGCGGGCCGUGCUGCCCAGUUCUUCUUUUGGAGCAGCUGCUGGAAGCAGGUCACUACCAGCAGACACCAUGCACGUCGGUGCAGCGCGAUGGGGUUGAAGCCGAUACGGAGGAUGUCGGCCCAUUGCUGCGCGCUGUCAACGUCCGGCGCAACUGCCUAGAGGAGGUCGUGGCAGCACUCCCGUCUACGGUCGAGGCUAUGCCUUAUUGCAAGUUCCGCGACACGCUCCGGACGUUAUGCUAUGCGUGGAGGCAAGGCGUGCGGUGCGACUUGUGCCCGCACUCCCUAUGCUGUGGGGGCGCCACGGCCCUCGUGCAAGGCGGCGCUGACCGGGCAGAGGUGCAAAAGCUGGGGCGGUGGAAGAGUAACACUGUUUUCGAGUUUGUGUAUGUUUUCGAGUUUGUGGCCGACAGCCCCCAUGCUUUGUUGAGCCCGACCCUCGGCUCCGAAGCAGGACCAGUCCAGACCGGCCAGUGCCCCCUGCAGACCGGCCAGGCCCUGGAAUUAGCACACCCCGGGCCCUGGUCACAAGCCACUGUGCGUGUCUGCCCCAAGACCGCGGGCGCGGGCCCACUGCACAACGAGCCGCCAUCGCCCGCUGGGCGCCACACGCACUCCGUUGUCCUACUCUGCUUCUACCCCACACUCCAUCGCAAGGCGGGGCCCCGGGCCGGAGAGCACAGAACGUAG